CCAAAGUACAUAAAGAUCUUUAUCAACCUUCCUCGAUCUAUGGAUUUUGAAGAAGCAGAACAAAGUGAACCAACUCAAGCCUUGGAGCUGACACCAGAUGAUAUUAAAGAAGAUGGGAUUAUCCAUCUUCGCUAUGUAAAAUUUCAGAAUGUUAACAGUGUAACUUUGUUUGUCCAGUCCAAUCAUGGUGAUGAAGAGACCACAAGAGUUACAUAUUUCACAUUUAUCGGAACUCUGGUCCAAGCAACAAAUAUGAAUGACUUCAAGCGAGUAGUUGGCAAAAAAGGAGAGAGCCACUAGGAUGCAAAAAGACACUGGAAGGCCUUACUGCAAUUGGAGAUCUUAACUUUUACCUACAGCUCCUGGAUAAUUGCUUGACUGUAACCAGAGACUGUCGAUUUGUUUCAUUUAAUGCCUUUACUAAUAAACCAUUGCUUUUGUUGAGACCGAGUUUCCCUAGUGCAUUUCUCUUGUAAUCCUCCUACAUGUAUUUGUAAAUAAAAUUCGUUACUUUUACCAAGUU